AUGCGCUUCAUGCUGCUGUUCAGCCCAGGGAAGCUGCGCCUCCAGAAAUGGUACCUGGCCACCCCCGAUAAGGACAAGAAGAAGAUGGUCCGGGAGCUCAUGCAGGUGGUUUUGGCCCGAAAACCCAAAAUGUGCGGUUUUUUGGAGUGGAGGGACCUCAAAGUCGUCUACAAAAGGUACGCCAGCCUGUACUUCUGCUGUGCCAUCGAGGGCCAGGACAACGAGCUCAUCACGCUGGAGCUGAUCCACCGCUACGUCGAGCUGCUCGACAAGUAUUUCGGCAGCGUAUGCGAGCUGGACAUCAUCUUCAACUUCGAGAAGGCCUAUUUCAUCCUGGACGAGUUCGAUGGGGGCGAGAUCCAGGACACCUCCAAAAAGAGCGUCCUCAAGGCCAUCGAGCAGGCGGACCUGCUGCAGGAGGAGGACGAAUCCCCCCGCAGCGUCCUGGAGGAAAUGGGGCUGGCGUAGCCCCCCCCCCCAUAAUUUGGGGGGGGGACCCCAUGACACCCCCACUUUAAAGGGUCCCCCCCCCCCCCAACCACACGGGACCAAUCGCACCCUGGAGACAACGGGGGGGGGGGGCGGGGCACAACACCCCCCCCCCCAAACUGUAAAUAUAUAGAUAUACAUAUAUGGGGGGGGGGGGGUCCCCAAUUUUGGAGGGGGGGGAACUCCAUAGUGUCCCUGUGCCCCCCCCACCAUGACUUUGGGACAUCAUUGUCUCCCAUUUGGGGGAGGGGGGUAAAAGUGGGUGCCCCCCCCCUUCCCAAAUGACGCAUCUUUUGGGGGUGGGGGUGAGUUUUGGGGGGGGUGUCCCCCCCAUUUUUGUGCCCCCCACCCCCUCAUUAUGGGACCAUGUGCCCCCCCCCCAUUUUGAAAUAAAGCCUGUGGAGACUCA